UUGGAGGAAAUAUUGGGCAUGGAACUUUUUUUUUCAUUUAAAUAUAGCCCUUUUUAAAAAAUAUAUUUUUCCGCAACAAGCCUGUAGGAAUAAACGAGAAGUACAUACAAUUUUUGCUUCAAUAAAAUUUAUUUUUGAUUUUUUUGUUUUUUCAUGUUGGUUGGUCUUUUUCCUUGUUUAUUUCUUUUUAAAUUUUAUUUUUUUCAGCUUAAUUUUUUUAAUAUUUUUUUGAUGAAUAAGUUUAUUCAAUUUCUUAAACAACAAAAAUUGGUUUUUUUGGGUGCUGCAGGUGUUUAUGGUGGAGGUUGUUUGUAUUUGUCAACUUUACCAAUUGUUCCAAGCUCUGAAGAGAAGAAGAUUAGAUAUGGGUCUGUUGAAAAAGAAGCAAUAAAUGUAGGAAAACCACAAAAUGGUAUUUGGACUGUUAGUGUAUAUGAAGAGGGUGUGGUAAAGAAAUGGGACAGCAAUUGGGACUUUCGUGAUCCUUUGUCAAUUGUAAAUCACAAAUGUGAAAGAAAGGAAAUGACUGAACAACAAAAGGAGGAAUUACUUGCUAAAUGCACGCCGAAGGCUGUGAGGAAUAUUUUUUUAGUAAGGCAUGGACAAUAUUUUGAUCAGGAGGAUGAAAAGGAUGCGAGGAAGCUUACUCCUUUAGGUCGUGAACAAGCUGAACUUCUUGGAAAGCGUUUGACUGAAGCUAAAAAUAAAUUUAAAUAUGACAAAUGUGUUUUUUCUACUUUGAUAAGAGCAAAAGAAACGGGUGAAUUAAUGAAGAAGAAUAUGCCCCAUUUAGAAAUUGAGUGUUCGUUGGAUUCCAUGUUGGAAGAGGGAGCGCCAUAUCCUCCAGAGCCGCCAAUUUCUCAUUGGAAACCAAAAUCUGCAUUCCAUACUGACGGGGCAAGAAUUGAAGCGGCAUUCCGUAAAUACUUUCAUCGUGCAAAGCCGUCGCAGAAAGAAGAUAGUCAUGAACUUAUUGUGUGUCAUGCAAAUGUGAUUCGUUAUUUUGUUUGCAGAGCACUUCAAUUCCCUCCAGAAGGAUGGUUGCGUAUUACUUUGGCCAAUAGCUCAAUAACUUGGUUGCAAAUUAUGCCAAAUGGUCGUGUAAUUCUUCGAGCAAUGGGCGAUUUUGGUCAUUUGCCUCCAGAAAAAAUCUCGUUUUCUUAA